AUCAUCCCGGCCCCGCUGGCGCUGCGCAGCCGGGCUGCCGCUCGCCGGUCCCGCACAGCCCGCCACGUGCGCGGUACUUGUGGCUGGCGGAAGUGCUCCUCGCUCCCGCCCCGGGGUGGGGGGAAUCCGUACCCAGGGUGUGGUUAGAACCCUGAUUGGGCUGGAGUUGGCGGCCUUGCGGUGAAACCUUAGGCUAGUCACUGUCCCUCUGUUGCCUGGUGUUGCGGGACAGCCAAAUGGAGGAGGCAGAGGGAACUGACACUGACGACCUUGAGACUGUCUCCACUCACUACAGUCCUAGGGGUAAAGGAUGAGCGACACCCACUUUACAGGAUCAACAAGAGCAACAACAACAAGGAACUUAAUUUAAAACGGACCUGGAUUGGUAACGCCCCAGAUGUCUGACAAAGAAAAUGAAAACCCUUCCUGGAGAUAAAAAAUUUAAACAUACUCAGCAAAACAAAUACCAUCCGUGUUCUCAAAGAGCUCAGGAUCGAGUGGGGAGACAGAUACAGAUCCAGCUGAGACACCCAGGUUGAAGAAGUGAGCUGUGCAUUAGGACACAGACAGCCAAGAGGCAGCUUGGUCUCAGGUGACCUGAAAGAAUUAAUUACUGCCCUGGUUUCAAGUGCACCAGUUGCCAAAGGGAAAGGCUGCCCUCUAACUGACCCUGUGAACUGAUGAAGGAGGAGCCAGGCUCUUGCUGAGGCAGUCACGGAGUACUGAAAUGACUGACAGAAGUCUGGCAUUUCUAUCCCUGGGCAGAUGGAUUGCCUGAUACAGAUGUUGGGACCCAAGCCCUGGGAUUGGCCUAAAAGAGGGCUGUGUUGACCCACCGGCUGGGCCUUGCAUCCUGUCACACUGCUGUGCAUCCAGACAAAAAUAACAGCCUGGAAAUAGUGCUGAGGCAGUCCGCCGGCCUCUGUAUGGAAGCUAAAGCCACCAUGCAGAUGCUGACCAAGUGCUACCGCAGGAACUGCCUGCUGACUGUCAUGGACCAGUACUCGGCCAUGGUGUGCAACAUGAAACAGCUGGUGAUGAUCCCCAGCCUUCUGUGGGAUGUGUAGCUGAGUGUUCAUGGACGCCAGGCCUAGGCAGGGGCUCCCUAUCUCUACAACUACUUCACCAUGCUCAAGGCCAUCUGCGUGGAUGUGGAACAUGGGCUGCUGCCCUGGGAGGAGUGGAAAGCCAAGGUGGCAGGUGGCAAAGCCGACGAGGCUGAGAAUGAAGCUGCAGAGCCAGAGGAGGCCGAGGAGGAGAGGGUCUUGGGGCAGCUGGACCUGGAAGCCUAGUUCCACCUGCACUUCUCCAGCCUUCCUCAUAUCCUCACCCACCUUACCCUGAAAGCCGAGGAGGUGACGAGGAAAUACCAGGAGAUAAUGGGACAGCCCAUAGAGGCCUCGGACUCUAGGAAAGCUUACUCCACAUGAUAGAAGGCAGACUCUGUGAUGAGGACAUGGAGCAGUUCGCUAGCCUGAUGAUGAUAAGACCAGAAAGACCUGGACCCGCAGCUAGAAGUGAAGGUGACUUGGAUGUCUGGGAUGCUUCCCUACCUGCCUCUGAGAACCAAUUCGUGGACUCAUCACUGGGUCACCUUUAGGUUGCUUGUUGCUAUUCACAACUCUCCUUGCUCCUCUUACCAGCUUGGGGUGGUAGCCAGUGGUUCACGAGGGACCACAUGUCACCUGGCCAGUGUGUUACAGGAGAAAGAGAAGUUUUAGCAUCCGACUAAUUGAAGUUCACAUCCUUCCCUCUUGGCAAUCAUUCACUGUGAUCUUGGGCAAGUUAUUUAACCCACUGUAGCCUAAAUUUCCUCAUCUAUAAAAUGGGGAAAGUGUUACCUACCUCAUAAAGUUGUUAUGAAAAUUAAACACGACAAUAAGUCAAAAGCAGCUGGCAUGUGAGAGCUAUUAUUAUAGGUGGAUUUUUUUCUCCCACCCUCACCUUGUCUUUGUUCUAGCCCUCCCUUACUUUUUAGCCUCCAGAACUAAGAAGUAGCAGAGUCCUAAACUCUGAGUGAGUGGUUCACACUCUUACACCUGCUGAGCACAGGUGAACUAUAAACUUAUUUAUUGAAGUAGCAAUAAAAAAUAAUACCUUGUA